GAAAGUACUCUGUUUUGUCUGCGACUAUAUAGCGAGUGUUUUUCGACGCGGGACCGUGUACGAUGAAGCCUCGUUCUUGCUUGCCGGAGCUGAAAAGCAAGCGUUUUUGGUUAAGUUCAGAGCGAGCGGAGAGACUUCACAAUCGAAGAUGCAAUGAAAGUUCUCACUCCCCUUCAACCAUCGUCGGCUCGUUCUUCCCUCUUGUCCGCUCAAACCCACUCUCCAUCGCGCGUGAACGAGGCCUAGUUCUUGCUCAUCGGAGCUGAAAGCCAAACGUUUUCGGUCCAGUUCAGGGCGAGCGAAGAGACUUCGCCAUCGAAAUGAAAUGAAUCUCCUCGCUCCUCUCCAUCCAUCGCCCGCUCAUUCAUCCCUCAGCCGCUCAAAUCCGCUCUCCAGGGUCAAUGCUUGUGAAAACAUCGCCAUUGAAGCUCGGAACGUGAACUUCUCUAUUCCGACGAGGCAGGGGGCGUCCGUGCCCAUCCUCAAGGACUGCUCCAUAAGCAUUCCUUCGGGGCAACUCUGGAUGCUUCUUGGUCCCAAUGGUUGUGGAAAGUCAACUCUUUUGAAGAUUCUUGCUGGUCUUUUGACUCCAACUAAAGGGAAGGUGUAUGUCAGGAGGCCCAGGAGUUUUGUCUUCCAAAAUCCUGACCAUCAGGUUAUAAUGCCGACUGUGGAAGCUGAUGUUGCAUUUGGCCUUGGCAAGUCCAACCUUACUCAAGAGGAAGUAAGGUCCAAGGUGUUCCAAGCUUUGGAUGCUGUGGGCAUGUCUCACUACAUGCAAAGACCAAUUCAAACCCUUAGCGGUGGUCAGAAACAGAGGGUUGCCAUUGCAGGUGCCUUGGCUGAAGCAUGUAAAGUUCUGUUAUUAGAUGAGCUCACGACAUUCUUGGAUGAAACGGAUCAGAUUGGUGUGAUCAAAGCAGUAAAAAAUUCUCUUGACAAAUCGGAAGAAGUUACUGCAUUAUGGGUGACUCAUCGGCUGGAGGAGCUAGAGUAUGCAGAUGGUGCCAUUUACAUGGAAGACGGGAAAGUCAUUUCUUAUGGAGAUCCAGUCAGAAUUACGGAUUUCAUCAAAGAUAAGCAAGCAGCUUAUAUCAAUGGCAUAAAUUGUUGACACUGUUGUUGUAUGUUAAUUGUUUGCAUGAUAUCUAGAGAGGAAAGGCAACAAGAAGGAUUAAUACCAUCCCUUUUCUAAAUGCGGGAUUGCGUCUUGCUUAUGUUCUAGAUUUUUAUUAUGGGCACCGCAUUUAAGUUGGAAGUUUGUUUCCAUGAUCAGGGCUCCCAAUGCAACAGUUAUAAAUGCAAAUUAUUUUUAGAUGUGAUACAAUUUCUUUGAUUGA